GGAGUUUAGUUUAGAAGCUGAGGAGAGAAUUAUUAUAGUAUUUUUUUCACUUCUGUGUUUUUUGAACAAAAUGACUACUUGUACGUUUUGAGUUAAGGUUCUGGUUUAAAAACAACAACGUUAUUCACUCACUUUGACGACUGGAGUUCAUUAUCGUGCAAAGAAUAUUGUAAACAUAAGACAACGUAUGUGUACGUGUCUAGUUCUGACACUGACCAGGACAUAGUUUCGUAAAUAGCUGUAGCGAAGAAAUGCUUCGGUGUGUUAUGGGCAUAUAUUGCUUUUCGUUUGUAUAUAUACCUUGGUAAUUUCCUGCUCGUGCGGCUCUUCUAACUUUCAGUGAACUAAUAAUUCGUCGGAAUGGUCGGAUGAGUACUUUGAAAUAAGAUCAUUAUUUGUCCUGAGCAAAUCUUUCAUUCUCGAGUUGUAUCCGUAGCUCCGUGAACUAAGACGGCUCUAACCUUAUAUCUUAUGUUAGUAAUUGGUUGUUGAAUGUUUGUCCUUUGUAAACUAAGGUAUAAAAGUGAAGUGGUGUCUUUUUUCACCCUUCCGAAGACCUAACGCUGUAAAUAUCUGGCUUCACGGACAUAGUAGACAGUUGAAUAAAUAAUUCACGCUUUGUCACUGUAAAAUGAGCUCUGCGGAACAGCCAGCUGCCUCAUCAUCAUCAGCCAGCGAAGAUGCCAGUGAUGGCAUGACUUGGUGGUACCGAUGGCUUUGCAGAGUAGCCGGUGUCCUAGGUGGAUUAUCUUGUGGUAUUGCUGGAAUCUGGAACUGUGUCACAAUUUAUCCAUUGAAUAUAGCAGCAGGAGUGUGGAUGAUGUUAAACGCAUUUAUUCUGAUUCUUUGUGAAGCUCCAUUCUGCUGCCAGUUUAUAGAAUUUGCAAAUACAGUGGCCAACAAGGUCGAUAAGUUCAGACAUUGGCAGAAGGCUUUCUUUUAUUGUGGGAUGGCACUCUUUCCCAUCAUACUCAGUGCAACAUUCACUACUGUUCUUGGCAAUGGAAUUGCAUUUGCAACAGGGGUUCUUUAUGGACUUGCAUCUCUUGGUAAAAAAGGAGAUGGUGUAGCAUAUGCCAGACUGAAUCACCAGAAACCAACAGAUGAAGAAAAGCUGACUGGAAGCACAGAGUUAACUACACAAUGACAGUGAACUUACGCUCCCCCACACACUGAAGCACACAUUGUACUGAAUAGUCGAUGCCAGGCACCAUUGUGAAAAUUAUUUCACUUUUAAAAAGUUUCUCUUUCUCCAAAGCUUGUCUGUAGGCAUUAUUCCUGUUCUGUGGUUUUCAUUGUAGUGGAACACACUAUCACCUGAAAACAAUGUGCAUAUUUUGUUAAUGUAAAGAUGUAUUAUGAGAUGUAUGUUGAUUUCAUACUUAAUUUACAGUAUGCCUAAGGAAGUCUGAUAAUUUGAAAUUUAGCAAUCCUGUAUUUUUACUCUGUUUUACAGCAGAAUGUCUUGGAGCCUGAAGACAUAUGUGUGUGUGAUUAUGUUGUGUGGUUGUUGGAGAGGUAUGGAUAUCUUGAUUUAUUGCAUCUUGUUUUCAUCUGUCAGGUAUGUAAUAAGCUGGUCUGCCCUUGUGGUAAGCAUAUACUUCUUUCAUUUUGUCUUAAUUUAGGAUCUUAUCUUGUGCUGCUCUGGCUACAGCACCAGUAGGCGUUAGGACUCUUGUCCUUAGAAUUUUGCAUCCUGCUUAUCAACCUCUCCUUAUCCCACAGUGUCUAGCUUCCUCCAACUUCUCUGUUUCGUUUCAGACAAAGAAUGUGUAAGGAAUGGUUACGUUUCUUUCUUUCACAGUACAGUUGAGAAUGCUUGGUCAUUUCUUAAUUAGCAUGAGAAUUGUUCGUCUUUUCGGCUUUUCCCGGUUAGGGGUCGCCACAGCGGACCUCCGGUCCGCUGAUGAUUGACAGUAGAUUUUUAUG